AUGGCCGCUUCGUCGUCCAGCUCCCGCAAUUCAGCCGUUCGCGCAUUACUUCGCAUGGAAAAACAAUUUGCCAAGAACAAAGACCUCUACAUAAAUUAUAAAAAAUUUAUACACGAGUUUUUGGAAUUGGGCCACAUUGAAGAAGCUGGCCAGGAACCAGCAGCUGAAAGUCAUUACUACUUGCCACACCGAGCGGUCGUCAAAGAAACAAGCACCACUACCAAGCUUAGGGUGGUGUUUAAUGCAUCUUGCCGCACCAGUUCGGGAUUUUCGCUCAACGACACACAGAUGAUAGGUCCACAACUACAGCCAGACCUAUUUUCAACUCUUCUUCGACUUCGUACACAUCGCUUUGCUAUGAGUGCUGAUGUGGAAAAGAUGUACCGCCAGGUAAGAGUAAAUCAGCAACACGUCGACUUCCAGAGAAUCGUAUGGAGAGAUUCACCAUCCGAAGAUAUCAAAGAUUACAAACUUUUGACAGUUACUUAUGGGGUUUCGUCCGCUUCUCAUUUGGCGGUUAAAUCUUUUCAAAAAGCUGCGACUAUCACAAGCCCAAACUCCUUAGUAACUCAAGUUAUCUUACGUGAUUUUUAUAUGGAUGACCUCCUUACUGGUUGCUAUGAGGAAGACGAUCUCCAGCAUUUGCAGUUAGACAUAUCCAACGUGUUAAGCGAAAGUGGGUUCCAUCUCCGGAAGUGGGCGUCUAAUUCACCAACCGUCAUAAACUCUAUUCCGAUUGAUCAACGUGAGGUCAUGCAAUCCUUGAAAUUUGAUGAAACAGAUGGCGUCCGGACACUGGGCCUUCAGUGGGUCCCUUCACUCGACCAUCUUUCAUUUGCUGUCCAGGUCAAUGAAAUACCAAAUACAAUCCUAACUAAACGAAUUCUUCUUUCAGAUUCUUGUAAGUUGUUUGACCCCUUGGGUUUGCUGUCUCCAUCAACCAUAAUUCCAAAGAUGAUCUUUCAAAGUCUUUGGAGACCUAAGGUGGAUUGGGACGAGACUGUGCCACACGACAUCAAACGCAAAUGGUUGCAUUACAGGGACCAUAUCACCUGCCUCGCAGCAAUCAAAGUGCCGAGGUGGGUUGGUACAGGGAUCCCCGAGGCUACAACUGAUUUACACGGCUUUGCGGAUGCUUCUCAAUCAGCUUAUGCCGCAGCCGUUUACGUGCGCACAGUAGCUCCUAACGGAAGUAUCUCCGUAUGUCUACUGACCGCAAAAACAAGAGUCGCCCCCUUGAAGACCACAACUUUAUCGCUGCCACGCCUAGAGUUGUGUGGAGCAUUUCUUUUGGCACAGCUGAUGAAACACGUAAAAGUCUGUCUGUCACCGCACGUACGCAAAGUUUAUGGAUGGACCGAUUCCACCGUCGCGCUUGCCUGGAUUCGUCAAGAACCUGGCAAGUGGACGACCUUUGUUGCAAAUCGUGUGUCGGAGAUUCAGCAGAUCGUUCCGGCUGAAAACUGGUUUCACGUUCAAUCAUCGCAAAACCCAGCAGACUGUGCUACUCGAGGUGUCUUUCCACAUCAACUAUCUGAACAUCCUCUCUGGUGGAGCGGGCCUACUUGGCUCCGCGAAGAUGAAUCUGCUUGGCCUGCGCAACAUAUUUUCACAACAAAAUUAGACCAACGAUCAGAAUCAGCUAAUCUCGUCACUGCACCGCCACCAAUCUGGGAUCUCAUCAACCAGUAUUCAUCUCUACGAAAGUUAAAACGCAUCACCGGUUAUAUUCUCCGAUACAUUGCCCAGAUUCGUCGUCAUGUUAAGCUCCGCAAAGAAGAAGAAGAAAGAAAACGUCUUCAGCUUCUAGGGCUAAGCAAUGCUGUUGAGACCAGUGAAGACGAAACUUCAACCCCUCCUUAUAAAUCAAGUCGACAUCUUCACCUUUCUGAGCUAAGCAGUGCUCUAGAUUUUUGGAUACACCAAACCCAGAAGCAUUUCUUCCCAGACGAGAUUCACAGACUGCAAUCCAAUAAGCCUGUGGGUAAGUGUAGUAAACUUCUAAAAUUGCAUCCAUUUCUAGACCAAAAUCACCUCAUUCGAGUUGGAGGAAGGUUGUCCAACUCGCGUCUUACAACAGACAAAAAAUAUCCAUUGGUACUUCCGGCAAAUUCGAGACUUGCUUUGCUUCUUUGCGAAGACAUUCAUUCAUCUACGCUUCACGCUGGCCCGCAAACUAUGCUUGCUACUCUACAAAGCCGAUACUGGGUCAUCAGGGCACGACAACUUGUACGCAAGGUUUAUAAAUUGUGCAUCAAAUGCAGCAGAUAUACUGCCGUCGUUCAGCAGCAACUAAUGGGCGAUUUGCCAUGGCCACGAGUUCAAAUUUGCCGACCGUUUUUGCGCAGUGCCGUAGACUUCGCUGGACCUGUGCAGCUACGUUUUUCGAAAGGACGAGGUUCUAGAGCUGUGAAAGGGUAUAUUUCCAUCUUUGUGUGUAUGUCCACUGGUGCCAUGCACCUAGAACUAGCAAGCGACCUUUCAUCAGCAACGUUUAUCGCUGUAUUUAAAAGAUUCGUAUCCCGAAGAGGCCAUUGCAAGGAAUUAUUCAGCGACAAUGGCACAAAUUUCGUCGGGGCUGAAAAGGAGCUUAAGAUGUUUCUCUCACUCGCAAUGAAAGACGAACACCUGGCGAAGCAUCUCAGCGACGACGGCACAGUCUGGCAUUUCAAUCCGCCUUCCGCUCCCCACAUGGGUGGAUAUUGGGAGACCGCAGUAAAACGUGUCAAGUUCCAUCUUCGUCGCACCUUGGGAGAUACUUUGCUAACCUACGAAGAGUUCACAACACUGCUAACAGAAAUCGAAGCUUGCGUUAAUUCGAGGCCUCUAUGUGCUACAACAUCUGAUGUCGACGAUUUGUCCGCUCUGACACCGGGCCACUUUCUCAUUGGCGAACCGUUGAAAACAAUACCGGAACCCAAUGUAAAUGAAUUCAAGGGAAAUCUGAUGAAUAGAUGGCAAAUUAUCUCAAGUUUACGACAGCACUUCUGGAAAAGGUGGAGUUUGGAGUAUUUAGUCCAGCUUCAACAACGGGCAAAAUGGAAUCGUCCGAGUAUUAAAUUCAAUGUUGGAGAUUUGGUGUUACUGCGUGAUGAGAAGUUGCCACCAACAAAGUGGAAGCUAGGCAGAAUUAUUCGUUUACACCCCGGACAUGACGAUCUAGUGCGAGUCGUCACUAUAAAGACAGCAGAUGGAGUACUUAUGCGACCAGUAGUCAAAGUUUCACCUCUAUUAUCUUUCAUCGAUGACAAGCCUAACAAUUGA